CAAGAACAAGCGUAUUUCCAAGGGGAAGAAGGGAGGCAAGAAAAAGGCCCAGGAUCCCUUCGCGAAGAAGGACUGGUACUCCGUGAAGGCGCCCUCCAUGUUCGCCACCAGGAACGUCGGCCAGACCCUGGUUACCCGCACGCAGGGUACCAAGAUCGCGUCCGACGGCCUGAAGGGGCGCGUGUUCGAGGUGUCGCUGGCGGACCUGCAGGUGGACGACGAGCAGUCGUUCCGCAAGAUGCGCCUCCGCGCCGAGGACGUGCAGGGCCGCAACGUCCUCACCAACUUCUGGGGCAUGGACCUGACGACUGACAAGCUGCGGUCGCUGGUGCGCAAGUGGCAGACGCUGAUCGAGUGCCACGUGGACGUGAAGACCACCGACAGCUACACGCUCCGCCUGUUCGCCAUCGCGUUCACGAAGCGCCGCCAGAACCAGAUCAAGAAGACCAGCUACGCGCAGAACAGCCAAAUCCGACAGAUUCGGAGGAAGAUGCGCGAGAUCAUCGUGAAGGAGGCGUCGUCGUGCGACCUCAAGGAGCUGGUGGCGAAGUUCAUCCCCGAGAGCAUCGGCAAGGAGAUCGAAAAGGCGUGCUUCGGCAUCUACCCCCUCCAGAACACUCUUAUUCGCAAGGUCAAGAUCCUCAAGGCGCCCAAGUUCGACCUCGGCAAGCUCAUGGAGGUGCAUGGCGACUACAGCGGGGAGGAGACGGGCACCAAGUUGGAGAGGCCAGCAGAGGAGAGCGAGGCGCCCGCUGCUGAGGGCAUGGAGACUGAGGCCACAGCGUAA